AUGGGGGCUUCAACGGCGACGAUCGGAAGCCCAUUCCAUUCAAGCGACUCUAAAAAAACUGACGAUGCUACAAAAUCUGGCGACAAACCAACUUCAGGCACAGAAAUAAUCAUCGAUACUUCGUUCGCUCCUACGCUCGAGGCGGCUCCCCUUUCUCGUUAUCUACAAUCCUUUGUUAUCCUCUCAUUUCUGCUUGGUAGCGCGGGUGUGGGAAUUUGGUACCUCGGAUUUGAUAUCUUCCAGACCACCACACAGCAAUGGGUGAUAAUCGCAGCCGUCACUACUUGUCUGUUCUAUAGUGGUGUAGUUUGGAUAGAUUGGUGGGCAGUUGUGGUGGAAUACUGGUGGUUAAGCAUCCCGAUCCUGGCCGGAACUGGUAUACUUUUUAUUAGGAUGGAUGAAGCAAUACGGGAUGUCCAGGAGAUUGACUAA